AUGGAUCCGCCAGAGUUCUUGGGUGGUUUGGAUCCGGUGAUUGCUCAUGAUUGGUUGUACGGCAUGGAGAUGAUAUUUCAGGCCAUUCAGUGCACAGAAGAAGAGAAGGUGAUCUUUGCUGCUCAGAAAAUGAAGGGACCAGCAGGUAGAUGGUGGAAUACGGAGUCUACGUAUUUCACUAACCGAGGGAUUCCAAAGGAUUGGCAACAUUUCAAGACAACUUUCUUGGAGAAGUACUAUCCCAACAGUGUGUGUGCUUUGAAGGAGCGUGAAUUUCAAUCUUUCAAGCAAGGCAACAUGUCGGUAUAUGAAUAUGCUGAGAAGUUUGGGGACAUGGCUGCCUAUUCCAGACAAGCAGCUUAUGCACCAGAUGAGUUGUGGAAGAUUGAUCAGUUCCUCAUGGGGCUGAAUGCUGAUAUUGUGCAUAGUGUGUCUCAAAGGGAGUUUACUACCUAUGCUGAGUGUUUGAGGCAAUGCUAUGCUGCUGAGAACACAUUGAAGAGAGUCCAAGAUGAAAGAGAACAUAAUAAGCCGGUUCGUAGGGAACAAGUAAGGUCGGGACAACAUUUGAAACCCCGCAAUUCUCCAGCCAUGAAGAAGCAGGUUUAUGGAGAUCGCUCUACUCAGCCUCCCCGCUAUGUUAGAUGCAAAGGAAAUCACUUUGGGAAUUGCAAGCCAGACUCUGGGAGAUGUUACCGUUGUGAACAGCCAGGGCAUUACGCGAGGGAUUGUACUGCCCCGAAUGCUCCCGAGAAGACUAGAGGUCGUGUUUACACCUUGGACGCUAGGAAGGCCCAAGGGAACACUAACCUUGUUGCUGGUACGUGUUAUGUUAAUGAUCAGCCCUUGUUUGUGCUAGUUGAUUGUGGAGCAACACAUUCUUUUAUUUCUUAUCCUUGUGUGCGGAGGCUUGGUUUUGAGACGAGUCUUCUUCCUAAUCCUAUGAAUAUCUCGUCGGCUAUAGACGAUGUGGUAGAAGCUCGGGAAAUUUGCAAGGAGUGUUCUAUUACCUUCAAUGGUCGUAGAUUCGUGAUUGAUCUCAUUUGUCUACCUCUUAAGAAAAUUGAUGUAGUACUUGGUAUGGACUGGUUGUCAGCUAACUCGGUGUACAUCGGUUGUAAAGAGAAGGCUAUCUUCAUUCCUGCUGAGGAGACUACAUCAACCGAUGCCAUUGAACAUCUUCUUGAAGGUACAAUUAACAUAGUCAACUACCUUUUUGCUCAAGAGAAGUCUUUCCUUUUGGUUCUUACGUCGGACUCCAAGGACAAGAAGAGUGUAUUGGAGAUUCCGGUUGUGUGUGAAUUUUCUGAUAGAAAGGAGUUGUUUGCGAAGUUUAGUAAGUGUGAGUUCUGGAUGUUCGAAGUCAAGUUUCUUGGACAUGUCAUAUCUGGCGGCGGCGUACCUGUAGACCCUUCAAAGGUAGAAGUAGUGAUAAAUUGGGAACGACCCAAGAAUGCAACUGAGGUCCGUAGUUUCCUAGGCUUGGCAGGUUACUAUCGGAGGUUCAUUAUGGGCUUUUCCAAGUUGGCGUUACCUUUGACCAGGCUUACAAGGAAGGAGGUUUCAUUUAGUUGGAAUUCAGAAUUUGAGAAGAGUUUUCAGAAACUCAAGGAGAAAUUAACUACAGCUCUAGUGUUGGUGAUCCCAGAUCCAAACCGAUCUUAUGAAGUGUUCUGCGAUGCUUCUAAGAAAGGUUUGGGUGGAGUGUUAAUGCAAGAUGGACAGGUGGUAGCUUAUGCAUCUAGUCAGUUGAGAUCUCAUGAAGAGAAUUAUCCUACUCAUGACCUUGAACUCGCUGCAAUUGUGUUCGCACUCAAGUUCAGAAAUCUGGAUUUACAAUUUGUGUGGGCACCAAUGAAUAUGUUGAUUAGUAACUUGUGUAUUGAGAAUGAUUUGCGAGAAAGGAUCUGUCAAGCACAGUGGAAUGAUGUAGAAUUGCAGGCUAAAGCAAACCUUCCAGAUUUCGUUCGUACAUCUGAUGGACUCAUUCUCUUUGGACGGAGGAUGUGUGUGCCAAAUGACGCGGAGUUAAGGAGUAUAUCCAUGGACUUCAUUGUGGGACUACCACGGGUAUUAGGUGGGCAUGACUCGAUUUGGGUGAUAGUGGACCGUUUGACUAAGUCCGCGCAUUUUUUACCGGUUAAGACAACUCACAAGGUUUCUCACCUUGCGAGGCUUUUUGUAGUAGAGAUUGUAAGAUUGCAUGGUGUACCUUCUAGCAUUGUGUCGGAUAGAGAUCCGAAGUUCACUUCCCGAUUUUGGAAAGCUUUUCAUCAAGAGAUGGGUACAAAUCUGAACUUGAGCACUUCUAACCACCCUCAGACAGAUGGACAAACAGAAAGGACUAUUCAGACCAUUGAGGAUAUGCUAAGGGCAUGUAUCUUGGAAAUUGGUGGAAGUUGGAAAGAUAACUUACCUUUGAUAGAAUUUGCAUAUAACAACAGUUAUCAUGCGAGUAUCGGUAUGGCCCCAUACGAAGCCUUGUAUGGAAGGAAGUGUCGAUCACCGUUGUGUUGGUCUGAAGUUGGUGAGAAGGGAAUCCUUGGACCGGAGAUAAUUCAAGAAACCACGGAGAAAGGUUAA